AUGGAAAAAACAAGAGUCGCAGGCGCAGACUGUUGGGCGAUGAGACUCCUCGGCAGCGACCUAGCACCACGGCUUCGCGGCCAGCAGUUUCGCAUCCCAGAUUUAUGGCCCCUGUUUGAAACCUGGAAGAGAGGUGUCAACCGGGAAUACAUGCGGGUCAAAAUUGUGGUGGAUGCCCAGCUUGAGGGGUUGAUCGUGGGCAAUGAGAAGGCAUUAGCUGAGGCCAAAAGGGCAGAGCCGGGGUUAUGUGCUGCUGCAUGGUUCCCUGAUGUCACAUAUGAUGCGCUAGAAACAGCAGCUUUGUACUCUAUCUGGCUCAUCUUAUGGGAUGAUGCCAUCGAUCGGCUCGGACCUGCCGCUGGUGAUGCUGACAAUGUUGCGCUGGCGGCAGAAGAGUAUUGCUGGGCAUCGCUGCGGUUUGUGAGACAUCACUUAUGGCUUGAUGAAGGUGAUCAUGGAAUAGAAGAGCCGGCAGCGCCGACAAAGAUAUGUGACAGCUUCAGAGACGUCGCGGUCCGGCUUCGUCGGUAUGUUGAGGAUGUGAAGGAGAGAAGGAGGCUAUUCGAGCAUUUAGCGGAGUUUAUGGAAGGUGUCAUGGCAGAGUAUAGGUGCAAGAUGUCUGGGCAGGCGCAGAGCUUGGAUGAAUUCUACUCGGUGAGAUUGAAAACGGUAUCGGUAAAGCCGCUGUUGGAGCUCAGCAGGCUUCUCAACCGGAUAUCUGUACCACAGGAUGUUCUGGAGUCGAGUGAAUUGGACAACAUGGCCUUGGACGUGGCCAAGAUAGGCAUGAUUGUGAACGACCUCUUCUCCCUCAAGAAGGAACUCAAAGAUGAAACUGUCACAAACAUGGUGACGGCCACAAUGAGUGCCCACAACUUGGACCUUCGAGGAGCUGUGGCUCAUGCCAUCCGAGAGAUGCAAAAGUGCAUCCAGCGUUUUGACGCGAAUAGCGCCGCCCUUCAGAGAAAGGCCGUCCAAGACCAUGGAGAAGCCAUCGAGGGAGAGUUGAAGAGACUCAUCCAGGCUUAUCAAGCCAUCUCGCUCGAGUUCAACUGGCCGUCUCCCCUAGCCGGAUAUGAGUCGGCCCCGCCGCUCCCCGACGAGAAGAAUGAGGACGGCAAGAGCCUCAAAAACCCACAAACCGGCGCGUUGAGCCCGGCUUAUGAAAGAUUCAUCGAUCCCCUGGACAACGGCCGCCGGGGCGGAUUCGACGUGCACGUCUAUUACUUUCAAAACAACCCCGAACAGACCAAGUACGCCCGUGAACUCUGGGAACGCAUCCGUCGCGAGUUUCCCGAGCUGCGCAUCUACACCUUCUGGGACCGGCCCAUCGGCCCCCAUCCCGUCGCCAUGUUCGAAGUGAACUUGUUCACUCCCGCCCAGUUCGGCGCCUUCAUCCCUUGGUUGGCCAUUUGGCGUGGGCCACUGUCUGUCCUAGUUCAUCCCAACACAACUGAAGAAGAUAUCUCGAUUGCGGAGCGCGAGCUCAAAAACCAUACUAGCCGCGCCAUUUGGAUGGGCGAACGUCUACCGCUGGAUGUCGCGAGAUUUAGGAUGUUUGCUCAGGCUCAGGCGCACCAACAGGCACAGAGUGCGGCCUCGAAUGUGCAAGCCAGUGGUUGA